AUGGUGCGGCGUCGCGUUGGUGGGAACUCGCGUGUGCUUCGCAAAAAGAAACUUAAACUAUCCAAGAGGGCCUCCACUUCAGGUGAUAUUUCCGCGGUGGUCGCUGCAGCUGUCGGUGUGAAGAAGAUCACGCAGCUGCGACUUAAAAAGUCGGGUGGUCGGGCGGCGUCAGGAAAGCAACGGGUUGCCGCACUCGAGGCGUUGAGAAAACAGCGCAGUCAGCUGCUGAAACAACAGGCCGCUGAGCGCAUGGUGCUAAAAGAGCACACAAGAGGGUUGGAGACGCGUCGUCAGCGGAUACGCAAAGGGGAGAACGCGAAGAUGGAGCGGCGGGAGCUGGGGAAGUACAUCCGUCAGCUAAAGGAGGAGCAGAAGAAGAAGCAUCAGUCGGAACUCGCCGUCAUUGAGGAGGCGGUGAAGAAAAACGGCGGGAGGAAGGGAUACGACAUGAAACGUGACGCCGACGAAUGGGAAGACGUCGAGGAUGAUGCGGAGGAUUUUGAUGAGGAUGAACUGCAGAACAUGUUUGCCCACUUGACCACCUAG